UUUUUUUUUUCCCUUUUUUUAAUUAACUUGGUUGAAUUAUCCUUCUUGUUUUUGAAUUGAGUGUGAGAAUCUUUGAAAGUUUAUAUCUUGCAUUUGGUGCUUAGUUUUUAGUGUGUUUUUGGUAAAGAUUCUGAAUGGAAUUGGGAAUUUUGUUGCCACUUAGAUUCUUUUACUCGUGAAUUCUUGGUGGGGUUUUCAUUUAUUGAAUUUUUUUAAUGUUUUUGAUAUUGAUUCGGAUUUGGGUUGAGAUUUUAUUUGUCGGUUCUUUUCUUUAAGGGUGUCCUUUUGAGUUUUGAAUUUAGAUGCCACUAAUGAACAACAUAUUUCUAUUGCAAUGUUGAUAAAAAGGGCAUAAUAUUUGGAUUAUAUUAAAGAAUUGGCUCCUUAAUUAUGCUUAUUAUCAUGUUUUGAGACUUGAGUUGCAAGUUUAAUAGUAGAUAAAUAGUCUAUGUUACUGUGUAGAUAUUGUAACUAGCAUUUGAUUUCAUGUAUACUGCUCCUGAUAUUGUCUUUUUGGAAUUUGGUUAUCAGAUUUAGUGUUUAGAUUCAAAGUUGCGUCAGGAAUCUGUUAGAAUAUUUUAUUUAUGUUUGUUACCAAGGGUCGAUUUGAAGCAAUCUCUUUGUUAUCACUAACAAGGUAAGGUUGUGUAUAUUCGACCCUUCCAAACACCCUGCGUCGGUGCCUCUACUUAAUGUCAUUGGGGUAAUGGAAUAUUGUUUUUGGUUUUAUAACUUAGUAUGUUAGAAUUGUGUUAUUGUAAAUUGAGUGGCUGCAAGUUACAAGUUUAUUGGACCUAAAUAUGAUGAAAAUGAGAGCGGGUGAUUGUACUUUACUAGUCGAUUUUCUGAUUUUGUACGAGGAAUCGGGAAUUGGGAAGCUGUCGUCAUCUUCGAUAAAUGAUGUUAAGUUGUUUUCUUCUCUUUGCUAAAUCUCAAAGUAAUUUCUUCUAUGCAUGGAAAUGCUUUUAUGGAAGAAGAAUGACAAUUUUAUUUGUCCAUUAUUUUUCAUUGUUCUUGAGGUGGAGGGGGAAGAAAAUUUAUGUACGUUCUUUCAAGAUAUGGAUCAGUAUCAAGCAUACUUCGCUACGCCAAGAUUGCUAUGGAAUUGCCAAGUAAGACGGUACGUGAUGUGGCUCUACGUGCUAGAUGGAUGAACAAAAAGGAGAUCAGCAAGAGAAGAAAGGAAGAUCACUCUAGGAAGAGCAAAGAUAAAAGGGAAAAAGUCACUGAAUCUUCAUCAAAGUCGUCUCAGUUGCAUGUAUCAAGGCCUGGUGGUCAUCCUUAUCCUGCGCCUUCCGUUCCAUUAGAUGACGAAGAUGGUAUCUCUUACAAAGCAAUCGGUGGUCCUACUGGGGAGCUACUUGAGCAAAAUAAACAAUACUUCCAACAGAUAUCUACAAACUUCUCGUCCUAUAAGAUUCACGACAAUGUCGCUCUCUUUGUUCAAGCGCGUAACAAUCUUUUCAAAGUCUUAAACAAUUGCAACGUGCACGACACACCGGAAAUCAUGAAACAGAUGCCACCGUUACCGGUGAAGUUGAACGAAGAGCUAGCAAGUACCAUCCUCCCUCCGUCAUGAUCGUUUCUUUAUAAAUCAGCUCGUUAAACUAGACGGUAACAUAAUACAAGCAUUGUCUUCCGACUCCAAUGGGAAAGUAGGAAGCAAGUUAGCAAAGCAAGUAGAUGUUCUCAUCUGUUCAUUAGAAGUCUACAAAUGUGAAAUUUAUAAAAAUUUAAAUUUAUUUUCUUAAACUAUUUUCAUCAUCAUUUACAUAGUUUGUGUAGUUCUCUAUAGUGGCUAUUGGAUAUUCUGGUAAGUUUAGAUAGCAUCAAAAUAAUAGCUUAUCUAGGUUAAAUUUUUACCUUUUGUAAUGUUGUAUUUUUUUGUUGGUAAAAAACAAAAAAUGUUGUAAUUUUAUCAUUUGGUGUUUCAAUGUGUUCUUUUAUAGGAAGAAAUUCUAUCAUACACCUCUAUGUACUUAAAAGUAUGUUGGAUUGUAUGGUAGUAGCAUGUUUAUACUUGAACCUUUUCUGACUUCUAAAGAUAGAAGUGAGCCGGGCUGGCAUGCGAGGGAGGCUUGUCUGAGGUACGACACGGCACGACAAUCACGAUAUUGUUUAUGGUAUGACUUGAUACAAUAUGAUUUGGCUAAGAUGUACGAUAGGCACGACACAUGGGCAUCCCAACACGAUGGGUUUUUCAUGAUUAGACUUUAGUUUUUAGUGGUCAAACAAGUCAUGGAAUAUAUCGAUGCUAUUCCCAAUAUGGCUUGGCAUGAUAUACGAUAGACACGAUAUUUAAGCUGCCAAACAGACCACUACAAGAAAUCCAACUACUCUUGUGAGAGA